CUGGACAUCAAAGGUUCCUUUUGUCCCUUUCCGAGUGGCAGGGCAGCCGGGCCACUGGCUAUGACUCAGGCCUGGCCCUGACGUCACCCACGCUCUGCCACUGGCCUCGGUUUGCAGCCAGGAACCUGACCAGGGAGUGGUUCUCAUAGCUGCAGCAAAUAUCAAAACGGGGCGGCCAGUGCUGUGCGCUCUCCAUUUCCCCACGGUCCACCUUAAGUUUCCUUCUUUCUUCUUCGUCUUUAAGCCUUCAGGAAGGCUCUACUUGUGAAUCAGCUUUCCGAAUGUAAGCACUCAGAAUGAGUGACAUCAUGAGCAAAUUAUGUGGCGCAGAUCUCAACCAGGAGUUGAGGAAUCCAGAGGAAGAAUGCAGUGGUGACUCCUGAGCCCAGGGAGUUGGCAUCGUGUGGGCUUCAGAGGAGCCAGCACCUCCAUAUCAGGCUGUCUUGAAUCGAGGCUAUGCCAGCCUGUUGUUCCUCUGGCAGAAAGAUCUGAGUGCUGUGACAAAUACUUCGUUGAGCCAAGACUCUGAGGCUGCUAUGCAAUGUCACUUACAACAUUAAUCAGAUACUGCAUUUAAGAUCUUGAUGUGAAGGAGAUGGAGGACUCAGAAACGAGGAUUCCCAAGUGAUUUCUGCCAAGGCACAGAAACUAACUCUGUCAAGGCUGGUGUGUUCUAACUGAGAUGACAGUCAUGUCCCUCUCCAGGGACCUCAAGGACGACUUCCACAGUGACACGGUGCUCUCCAUCUUAAAUGAGCAGCGCAUUCGGGGCAUUUUAUGCGAUGUCACCAUCAUUGUGGAAGACACCAAGUUUAAAGCUCACAGCAAUGUCUUGGCUGCCUCAAGCCUUUAUUUCAAAAAUAUAUUUUGGAGCCAUACGAUCUGUAUUUCCAGCCAUGUCCUGGAGCUGGAUGACCUGAAAGCUGAAGUGUUUACAGAGAUACUUAAUUAUAUCUACAGCUCCACUGUCGUGGUCAAGAGACAGGAAACUGUCACUGAUCUUGCAGCUGCGGGAAAAAAGCUGGGAAUAUCAUUCUUGGAAGACCUUAGUGACCGCAACUUCUCAAAUUCCCCAGGUCCCUAUGUAGUCUGCAUUACUGAAAAGGGCGUGGUUAAAGAGGAAAAAAAUGAAAAAAGGCAUGAAGAACCAGCUGUUACUAAUGGGCCAAGGAUCACAAAUGCAUUUUCCAUCAUUGAAACGGAAAAUAGUAAUAACAUGUUUUCUCCACUGGACUUGAGAGCAAACUUCAAAAAAGUGUCUGAUUCUAUGAGAGCCCCCAGUCUCUGCCAGGAGAGGACCAAUGUCUGCCAUGAGGCAGAGCCUGUCCGCACACUUGCUGAACAUUCAUAUGCCGUUUCUUCCAUUACCGAGGCUUACAGAAGUCAGCCUGUACGGGAACAUGACAGCAGUUUGUCUGGUAAAACAGGAAAAGAAAAUGGCGAAGCUCUUGCCACAAAAGUAAAGCCAUGCCGAAAGCCAAAGACCCAACCCCAGGAUUCUGACUCAACCCCAGAAAAGACAUCACUGCUUCCAGUAACCAGCCCAGAGGUUAAUCAAGAAAGAAGUCCACAGCCAGCUCCAAUUCUGUCACACUCAAAACCUCCCAGCAAGGAAGGAGAUGUUCAUUUUCCCAGGGAAGAGGAAAACCAACCCUCUGAUAUUCCUGGCCCAACAGCAGCGGAAGUCCCGCCCCUUGUCUAUAAUUGCAGCUGUUGCUCCAAAUCCUUUGACAGCAGCACACUGCUCAGUGCCCACAUGCAGCUCCACAAGCCAACCCAGGAGCCUUUUGUAUGCAAGUACUGCAACAAGCAGUUCACCACCCUCAACAGGCUGGAUCGGCAUGAGCACAUCUGCAUGAGAUCUAGCCACGUGCCCGUCCCAGGAGGAAACCAACAGUUUUUAGAAAACUACCCCACGAUUGGACAAAAUGGAAGUUCGUUCACAAGUCCAGAAUCCUUAGUACCUGAAAAUAGGAUUGGUGAACUUUCCAGCGCUGGGAGUGCCUUGCCAGACGCGGACCACAUAGUGAAAUUUGUGAAUGGGCAGAUGCUCUAUAGUUGCAUUGUGUGCAAACGUAGUUAUGUGACUUUAUCCAGUCUCAGAAGGCAUGCAAACGUUCACUCAUGGAGAAGAACAUACCCUUGCCAUUACUGCAACAAGGUCUUUGCACUGGCUGAGUACAGGACACGACAUGAGAUCUGGCACACUGGAGAGAGGCGGUACCAAUGCAUAUUUUGUCUCGAAACUUUUAUGACCUACUACAUACUAAAAAACCAUCAGAAGUCUUUUCAUGCCAUAGACCACAGACUCUCCAUCAGUAAAAAAACUGCAAAUGGAGGCUUAAAGCCUACUGUCUAUCCAUAUAAACUUUACAGACUCUUGCCUAUGAGAUGCAAAAGGGCACCUUAUAAGAGCUUCCGAAAUUCUUCCUACGAGAGUUCUCGAGGAAACAGUCAAAGGAGUGAGUCUGCACCCAAUACAUUUGUUAUUCCAAAUUUGCAAAGCUCUGAAAUGCCCACAUUGAACUUCCAAGAUGGCAGAAACACCUUGACCAGCAGCCCCGCCAUCCCAGUAGAAACACCUUCACAUCAGGGCACACCCACUUCCGCCAAAGUAAAAAAUGCAGAAGGCAUCAAAUGGAAAAAGGAGGCAUUGAAAACUGAUCGUGUCAAUAACUUUGAUUCAACUGAGAUGUCAGUGUCUUCCACCAUCGCUGCCAGUCUCCAGGCAGAGCCCACACAUGGUACACCCAUGGGUGGGGGUGGUGAGCAGUCAGCCUCUGUGAUCAGCUACAGUGGCUCGGUGCCCUCUGUCAUUGUGCACAGCAGCCAGUUUUCAUCGGUGAUUAAGCACAGCAAUACAGUUGCUGCCCUGACAAGCAGCAAUGACACGAUCCCUUCACAACCAGUCGUCAGUCCAUCCAUGAAAGAGGACAGCAAGCCUGAGGCAGAUAAAACCAGUAAACUUGCAAGCAGACCCAAAGGCAUCAAGGAGAAAAAGAAAGCUAUCCCAUUAAACAGGGGAGAAAUAGCAGAGGAGGCAGAACACAUUGCUGACCAUGGAGGGUCUUUGGGCAAAACCACAAAUGCCGUUGAAGAAACCAGUAAAACUGAAACUUAUAUUGCAAAACCUGCUCUGCCUGGCACCUCCACAAAUAGCAGUGUCGCACCCCUUUGCCAGAUAACAGUGAAAAUUGGGAAUGAAGCCAUUGUGAAAAGGCAUAUCCUUGGGUCGAAGCUGUUUUACAAAAGAGGGAGGAAACCCAAGUAUCAAAUGCAGGAGGAGACAUUGCCUCAGGAGAGUGACCCAGAAACCCAUGGGGACAGCCCCUUUGGGCUUUGCCAGGCUGAAUGCGUAGAGAUGAGUGAAGCAUUUGAUGACGUGAGUGACCAGGAUUCCACUGAUAAGCCGUGGCGCCCAUACUACAACUACAAACCCAAGAAGAAAUCCAAACAGUUGAGAAAGAUGAGAAAAGUCAAGUGGCGGAAGGAGCACGGGGGCAGAAGCCCCAGCGGUAGGUGCAGAUACCCAGCGGAACUGGAUCGUGCAGAGGUGAAGCCACGUCCGGAUAAGGCUUCUGAAGAAGAAGAAAAUAAAGAAAUGCCCAAGCUACAGUGUGAGCUCUGUGAUGGCGACAAAGCAGCGGGAGUGGAGGCCGAAGGCAAGCCCCACCACCAUCUCACGUUGAAGCCUUAUAUCUGCGAGCUUUGCGAAAAGCAGUUCCAGAGCCCCUCCACGCUCAAGAUGCACAUGCGAUGCCAUACUGGAGAGAAGCCAUACCAAUGCAAGACCUGUGGGCGGUGCUUCUCCGUGCAAGGAAACUUACAGAAACACGAGCGCAUCCACCUGGGUGUGAAGGAGUUCAUCUGUCAGUAUUGUAACAAGGCAUUCACACUGAACGAGACUCUCAAAAUCCACGAAAGAAUCCACACGGGAGAGAAACGUUACCACUGUCAGUUCUGCUUUCAGGGUUUUUUGUAUCUUUCCACAAAACGGAAUCAUGAGCGGAGGCAUGUUCGGGAGCAUGAUGGGAAAGGCUUUGCUUGCUUCCAGUGCCCCAAAAUAUGCAAAACAGCUGCUGCCCUCAGAAUGCACCAAAAGAAACAUUUAUUCAAGACCUUAACUAAGCAGGAGAAAACAGGUGACAUGUGCCAUGAAAACUCAGAUCUCUUGGAGAAUCAACUUUGCACUGAUUCGGAAGACAGCGACCAAAAGGAUGAUAUACAAACCUUUGCUAAAAGUGUUGAGUGACAACAGUUAGACAAGUCUUCAAAAAGUUGUUUGUGAGUUUGUUUUUUUGGGUUUUCUUUUAGUUUUUUUAAGUUUAGUUUUGUUCACUUAAUAGUCACAAAGGAGUGGGAGGAGUUAAUUCUCAUUUGUGUAAACUCAAAAAAAAAAAAAGAAAGAAAGAAAAAAAAAAGGAUCCUAAUACCUACUUUGGUUUUUAUCAUCCACUUCACACAGAGUGCAUAUAAACAAAAUAGCUGUAAUUCUCCAAGGACUCAAGUAUUUUGUGACAGCUAAUGAAGUUUUUUUGUUUGUUUGUUGUUUUUGUUUUUUUUGUUUUGUUUUGUUUUACGAGACAGGGUUUCUCUGUAUUGUUUUGGAGGCUGUCGGUCCAGCCCGGCCUCGAACUCACAGAGAUCCGCCUGCCUCUGCCUCUGCCUCCUGAGUGCUGGGAUUAAAGGCGUGCGCCACCACCGCCGGGCGCUAAUGAAGUUCUUAGCUGUGGUAUUUUGAACAGUGAGAAAAAACAGCUGAAUUUUAGCCCAAUUUAAAACUUUCUGGUGAGCGCUAAUGAGGACGGCUGAACUGUCAUCAGUCACUGAAGAAAAUAAGGGUCAGAAUACUGAAAAUGGAAUCUUUGAGAUGUGUUAAAUGCUAAAUGAGCUAUGACAGUAUUUAUUCCCAUCCAGUUUCUGCACUAUUAAUCUUUGUUUCAAUUAAUGGGUAUUAACAAAAUGCUUAACAAUAUAACUGAAAAUAUGUAAUGGGUAGCCUAAAGUAGGACAUUCAUACAUAUCUAGAACUACUUUUCUGCAACCUAAUCCUUGUAAAAUACAUAUAUGAAUCACUGUAGCUUUUAACUGUCCAUGUCCCUUGUAGAGAGUAAUGAGCAAUAGACCUGCAGUUAAUGAGGACUGGUGUCAAAAUCAGUACAGCAUUUGGAAUCUGACCAAUGAACGUGCGUGUGCUUCUUGAUGGAAUACUGUGCUGUUUUCUUAAAGUAUGGCUGAGCUGUUACUAGAACUGGUCUACUCAAGUCACACAAAACCUAAGUCAUGCCUUACCUAUGGGAAAGCCUUCCCACAACUUACCUGAGAUACCUAUGCCGUAUAAUACUUUGCAAUGGCCUCACCUCAGAGAAUGAAGAAUGGUCAAAUUCUUCUGAACUCUCUGCUGUCUUCCAGUCAUCCCAAGGCCAUGGAUGUCGGGGGCUAUUCCACUCAGACUUAAAGGGUCAAAUAAUCCUGAUGUCUCCCAUUCUAAUGAAGGAUUAUGCAAGAGGUUGAGUACCAGACAUACCUCUGUGGUAAUGAAGUUAUAGGCACUUGGAAAGAGCAAAAAGGCUAAUUCAAUUGUACACCUUCUUGGAGAUAAUGCAGCCCACAGGUACAUACUAGCUAAAAGGGCAAGAGAAGCCCCCACCCCCACUGAUGACACGAGGACAAGGGGAAGUGGUGUCCUCCCAUUCCUCAAACAGCAGCAUUGUUUCUGAGGGAUGGAGAGAUAGAUGUGGAGGGACAGGGUUCUGCCCCUUACUAAUAUGACUCCACAUAUCUGUCUUUAUGUUUGCAGACAUCUAGCUCCCUCGGUAAAGCCUCAUAUUUGUAAGUCGGUUUUUUAUAUUGAUGAAAACUGUCCUCAAAAGUCUAUUUGCCCUUCAGGAUAUCCUUAUGUGAACUAGGAUUCUGGAAGCUGGAACUCAUGAUUCUUACUGUUAAAACUGCCAUGGUAGGAGGGAGGGAGAGCACAUUCCUACCCUUCCUUCAGUCACCAGUAUGAGCAAACUUCACAUCAGUUCAACAGUGGCCAGCAGCCAUUCCUGUUCACUGGAUUUGGUAGCUGGAAAUCCAAGGCUGGAAAGUUAUCAUUAUGAAGAAGUAGUUCAGAGGACUCCAUUUGGUUGCUACAUGUGUGUUGGUAUCUCCAUGAAGAAGAUUUAGUGUGGUUUGGGGUAGGCAAGAAAACAUUUAAACACCCAGGAAAAAGGACAUGAUUCAAGGUGACCUUUUUAUACUGUAGUUGUUAAGCAACUCCAAUAUUGUAUCUGCAUUUAUCAUUUGUUCACCUGCUUCCUCCUACAUACAGUGUUAUAUACUAGAGGAAAUGGGGAAAUACAAGUAAAUUCAUCUUUAUUUUAUCCAUUGUAUAUAUGUACACCCACACCAUUCACGUGUGUUUUAUUAAGGAGGUAGUCACAAAGGGCUUAUGAAAAUCACUCUUAAAUUAAUAAUUAGAUGACAAGCAAUCCUGUGAUCCACUAAUUUGUUUUAAUCUCAGUUAUGAUAUUAAAGCAAUCAGUUAUGUAUUUAAGUUGUUUUGAUUUAACUACAAAUAUAAAAUUAUAUGUACUGAUGUCUCCCGGCGUUAUAUGUGGAUAUUUUUUAAGUGGACUUGUAUGCUGAUAAUUCUAGACCAAAGUAAAUAUGGCAGAAUAUUUAUACAUAAAAAUAAUUUUGCAAAUAUUUUCUAUAAUUGUGUUAUUCAUUUAAAAUGUUGAUAGCUUGUGUUAGUUUCAGGGAGGGGUGUAUAUUUUGAUAUAAUACUUGACUUUGUAAUUCUGUAUAUUCUAUACAAUUUAUAGCAGAGCCAUUUUAAAACAACUGGUUACAUUUUUUGUUGAUUGUGAAAAUGUUAUGAGUGGUGUUUAAGUAUGCAUUAAGUACAUAACGACCAAGUAGAAUUAAAGUGUGAACAAUGAGCAUACUGUAUGUUGUACAAGAUAUAUUGUAAUUUGCUGUUUUAGCAUCUGUAUUUUGGUUAGAAGAUAUUAUUAAAUGCAGAUGUUAAGGAUUGGAAAGGUUUAAUUUUAUUUUUAGAAAUAAUAAAUAUAAAUUUGUUUUGCUUGAUUAAAAUAGCGUAUUCCUACAUUAAGUCUCUUUUUAAAUGUCUUAGUGUUAAUUCUUCUGUGCAGCUAUUUCAUCUUUGUGCGUCACGGCUUUGUUACACACAAUACUCGUUCAUGUAAUCGUUUCCUUGCUUACAUUUCAUGGAACCUACAUGCUUAGGACUUAUAAACUGUGAUACUAAAUGCCUUAAAUCCCAGCAAUCAGGAGGCAGAGGCAGACAGAGAUCUCUGAGUCUGAAGCCACCUGGUCUACAUAAUGAGUUCCAGGCCAGCCAGAAUGCCUGGAACCAACAAAGAAACUGAAUGAGAGACAUUGACUGCUCUGUUGAACUGUUGGAGUAAGCCUAAUGUGAUAAUGGUACCUCAGAGUGAAAUACUCACUUGGAAGUAUUCUGUUCUCACAGAGAACACAUUAUAUUCACUGCACUUAGCAUUGUCUUUGGAUCGAGGCAUUCAUUAUCAACUCCAGUUCUGAAGAGAACCCCAUUAUCUGUUUUGUGGUGAAUUCGAGACAGUCCCACAGCUAAACAGGAUAUGGUUUGCCUGAUUCCAAAGUCUGUAUGUUUGAACUUCUUCAGCCCUUUCAGUAAAGAUGCUUAUAAUAAACUGGAGAGUAAGGGGACAAGACAAAGUCAGACAGCUUUGGAACAUUCGAAAGAGUUUUGUAGAGUGGCCGAAGGAGGCUGUGUCUAACUCGGUGCCGUAUGUCUUUAGUUGCUCUUGUGGCCUAGGGAUAUUGCCCCCUAAAACCUGCUUCCAUAGUGUCUAUCUUGCCUGUUUUUUUUUAGACAAUGAAGUGAAGUUAUAAUUUCAUGCCACUAUCAGUUGGUAAUCUUGCACAUAAAGAAAAAUGUUCCAUUGUCAGAAACUGUAUUUCUACCUUAGCUGAUCGUCUUGUGGCAAGUGCAGUCAGUCAUAAAGGGAAAUGGGGGAAGGGAUUUCUGAGGGUCAGAGAAUAUAAUCCACCAACACAAGCAAAGAAAUUCAGAUUUUUAAAAACACCAGUAGGCCGGGCGUUGAGAACAUUUUAAAUAGUGAAAGAGCUUUGUAGCCAGGCAUGGUGGUGCAUACCUUUUAUCCUAGCAGGGAGGCAGAGGCAGGUGGAUUUCUGUGAGUUUGUGUCCAGCCUGGUCUACAGAGUGAGUUCCAGGACAACCAGGGCUAUUCAGAGAGACCCUGUCUCAAAAGGUAAGAGCUAGUAGCAAUUAAGAAAGUACUCACAUUAAAAGCAUUUGAAAACUAGUCAAGUGAGGCAACAUCAUUGGUAUGUAUUUUAAAAGUUCACCUUUCAGUCACCACGUUGGUGAUAAUGACUUCACUCCAUUGCCCAUCGCUCUCUUUGCAGAGGCAAGGGCACUUCCAGUUUGGAUUUUGUCCAUAUCUGAGGACUUUUUACCCUCCCUCUCACCAAGCCCUGGUUAUCUUUUACUUUUCCUUCUGGAUACAGCUUCUUUUUCCCUUCCUAGUUUGCACCCCUUGGCCUUAAUUCUUCAAUAAAUAUGGUAACUGAA